ACAGACACUUCAUUGUCACGAUUUGCUAGCACCGCAUCACAAUGCCAGUCAACGAGGCUAUUUUCCGCUCUGCGGAAAUGACAAUGAUCCAGCUGUAUAUCCCGACGGAGAUUUCGAGAGAAUCGAUUUAUUCGUUGGGAUCGCUCGGGUUGGUGGAGUUCCGGGAUUUGAACAAGAACGUGAACCAGUUCCAGCGUUCGUUCGUCAACGAGAUCCGGAAGCUGGACAACGUUGAAAGGCAGUACAGACUUUUGAUCAAGGAGAUGGAAGCACACGGGAUUGUUCCACCGGAGACCUUGGUGGAGGAUUACGAAUUGUCCCAUAAGAACACGGUCUCCACGUCCCAGCUAGACGAGAUCUGCUCCAACGCACAAUUGCUCGAAGACAGAGUGACACAGCUAUCCGAUGCGGCCGAGGACUUGUUGAAGAAACAGAUGGACCUCAAGCAGUACCAGCAGGUUUUGUCCGCCACGGACAAGUACUUCCCCGGCGAAGUGACGAGGGAUUUGAUCGAACUGGACGAUGACCAAGAGCAGGCAUUGCUGGAGGCCCGCGGCGACAGGGAUUCCAACUUUAUCACCGGUGUGAUUCCAAGAGAAAAGAUCCCUAUCUUGGAGAAGAUUUUGUGGAGAGUUUUGAGAGGUAACUUGUUGUUCAAAACGACGGAGAUCGAGCAGAAGAUGUACGACCAGAAGGCUAAGGAGUUUGUCGACAAAAACUCUUUUGUCAUCUUCUCCCACGGAGAGAUGAUUCUUUCGAGAGUCCGCAAGAUCUGUGAGUCGUUGGACGCAGACCUCUAUCAAGUGAGCUCCGAUUCCAAGUCAAGACAAGGCCAACAGGUGCAAAUCAACGAGCAGUUGACCGACAUCACCAACGUUUUGGAAAACACGAACCUGACUUUGACGACCGAAUUGAGAGUCAUCUCCAGCGAGAUCGACGAUUGGACCAAAUGCGUCAAACUGGAGAAAUCCGUUUACGAAAUCAUGAACAAGUGCCACUACGACCUUGGCAGAAAGUGUCUCAUUGGAGAAGGGUGGGUGCCAACAGACGACAUUCCAACAAUCCAAAACACGUUGGAGGAAUGCUCCACCCAGUUUUCCACGGACGAGGACUCGACUUUCCCGAUCAUCAUGAACACGGUCAACACCACGCGGACACCACCAACGUACCACAAGACAAACAAGUUCACUGCGGCCUUCCAGGCGAUGUGCGACUCUUACGGUAUUGCCACAUACCGGGAGGUGAAUGCUGCUUUGCCCACUGCUGCGACUUUCCCGUUCUUGUUUGCCAUCAUGUUUGGUGACUUGGGUCACGGGUUCAUUAUGUUUUUGGCUGCGUCCUUUUUGGUUCUGAACGAGCGGAAGAUCGGGCGGAUGAAGAGAGACGAGAUCUUUGACAUGGCGUACAGCGGGCGUUACAUCUUGUUGUUGAUGGGCUUGUUCUCGAUGUAUACGGGGUUCCUCUACAACGACGUCUUUUCAAUCUCGAUGACGUUCUUCAAGUCCGGGUGGGCAUGGCCUUCCUCGUGGAAGGAGGGCGAGAGCAUCGAGGCGCACCAGGUGGACACGUACCUGAUCGGAUUGGACCCUGCCUGGCACGGGGCGGAGAACACGUUGUUGUUUGCGAACUCGUACAAGAUGAAGUUGUCGAUCUUGAUGGGGUUCAUCCACAUGUCCUACUCUUACGUCUUCUCGUUGGUGAACGCGAUCCACUUCCACUCGAUGAUCAACAUUGUCGGGAACUUCAUCCCCGGGUUCAUCUUCAUGCACGGCAUCUUCGGCUACUUGACCAUCUGCAUCAUCUACAAGUGGUGCGUCGACUGGGUUGCGAUCGGCAAGCCCGCCCCUAGCUUGUUGAACAUGUUGAUCAACAUGUUCUUGGCGCCGGGCCAGGUCGACGAGGAGUUGUACGCGGGCCAGGCCGGCGUGCAGGUCUUCCUCCUUGUGGCGGCCCUCAUCUGCGUGCCCUGCCUCCUUCUCAUCAAGCCGCUCUGGUUCAAGCACCAGGAGUCCAAGAAGUACGAGUCCUUGGCCCUGUCCACAGAGGCCGCCGCAGCCUCCGGCGACGACGAAAACAACCUCUUGUCCAAUCUCGACCUCGGCGACGACGAGGAGCACGAGGAGGAGACCUUUGGCGACGUGAUGAUCCAUCAGGUGAUCCACACCAUCGAGUUCUGCCUCAACUGUGUCUCCCACACGGCCUCCUACUUGCGUCUCUGGGCCUUGUCCUUGGCCCACGCCCAGCUCUCCCAGGUCUUGUGGUCGAUGACCCUCGGCUCCAGCUUCAGCUUCUCCGGUCUCGGCGGCUCCGUCUUCGUCUUCCUCAUGUUCGGCAUGUGGUUCAUCCUCACCGUGUGCAUCUUGGUUGUCAUGGAGGGAACCUCCGCCAUGCUCCACGCUUUGAGACUACACUGGGUCGAGUCCAUGUCCAAGUUCUUCGAGGGCGAGGGUGUUCCCUACACCCCGUACUCUUUCGGUUCCAUCCUUGACACCCCUGCCCAGUGAUCCCUGUAUAUUGAUGUAACCACUUACUAGACAUUCACAACUAACUACAUAUACACCAACCAACCCUGCCUCCUACUCCGGCCCAAACCCCGUCCAGACCGCCCGACCCCGU